UCGCCGCGGCCGGACGUGCAAGUGUGGGCUGGCAUGCGCGCCGGGGUGAAACUUGCAAGCUCCCCCUUUAUCGAGCUUGCAGAUGGCUGUGCCUUUUAGAUUUUGACGUGUCCCUCCGUUCCUCUCCCCGUUCGUUCGUUCGCUCGUACGCUUCACAGUGUAACCAUCUCGGCCGCUCGACUCGUCGCUCGCUUCGCCGACGACGACGACGACCAGCAAGCUUCAGCAUGCCCAGGAAGGUCGGAUUCAACGUCGUCUACGCCACGAGCGAGGAAGACAGGCACUCGUCGUUAGAGCUUAACGUUCACGGGCCGACCGUGAGGGGUUGGCAAAGCGCGAGAAACUGCACGUAUCCUCAGGAACUUAUCCUACGUCUUCAUGGACCCACGAAACUUACAAGGAUACAGGUCCUGGCUCACCAGUAUCUCAUUCCCGAGAAACUGGAGAUCUGGACAUCGAGGGAGGAAAAUGCAUCCGCUUCGACGGACUUCAGUUACCUGGGCUACAUCACGCUGUCCGAUAACGCCUCUACCCUUUACAAGAGCAGAGAGCUGAAAAGCGUGGCUCUUCCGGAGACAGAAGCGGUGUCGCUGAAGCUUAGACUACAUAAGCCGCACAGUAACGCGCACAACAUUUAUUGUCAGGUUGGCCUUAUCGCUAUUAAUAUACUCGGCGAGCCUUACGGCCAGGAAUUGACCGGACAAGGGGACGCCCCGUAUAAUCCGCACUAUACUUCGCCUUACGACGACCUAGCAUUCGAAAUGUACGUCGACCGGGAAGUGGCUAAAAUUAUAAGGCAAAUGGAAGCGAAGAAGCUGCAGGCAGUGGAAGAGGAGAGAUUCGAGUACGCCUCAAAGCUGAAGGUCGCGAUGGAGAAUCUGCGGAAAGCAGGCGAACGCCUGGGCAAAUACGAGCUGGAGAAGAAGUACGCCAUAGCACUGGAGGAUUAUGACAAGGCGAAGGCUAAGAAGGCCCAGGCCCAGCAGUACAGACAGCAGGUCUAUCAGUCGUUGGAGAUAUACAACUUGCUCGAGGUGCACGGGCCCAUGGAGAAGAACAACCUGUCGUCCGUGCAGAACAAAGAGCCGAUGUCAGCCGAGACGUGCACCUCCAACACGGCGGUGGUGGUUCCCGACGACAUCACGUCUCCCCCGAGACUGGUCAUCCCACCUAAUCGCGACGGCGCCUUGUCGCCCACUGGCCCCGCACAUCAACCGCCCGUGUCGCCGUUACACCAGAAGCCCAACAGUCCUGAGGUAACCGACAGCCCUACGAAUGGUGUCCUCGAGAGGCAGAGUAACUGCAACAAGGGAUCCCUCAGGCGGAAAACCAAGUCGGCUGGUCCGGCACUUCGCUCGAGCUACGAGGCUUACGAGGAGAGGACCAUCCCCGCUCUGAGACACUCGCACACGAACGAGUUCACCAGGGAGUGCCACUUGGACAGCACAGAGACGAAAGUUACCUCGAAACUGAACGACCGCGAGAAGAAACAAGCCGCAUUGCCCAUCGCUGUCUUCGGGAUGGACAUGGUGGAGAAGUUCUACUCGAAACAAUUCACGGACAAGGAGGAGGGGCUGAUGCAGUUGAAGGAAGAGCUGAAGACGUUCGACCCGGAAGUAUCGAAACACUCGCCGAAUAAAACAGCCAGGGCGGCGAUCCUGCUGCUGCACCGGGCUCUCAGGGACAAAGUCUUCAGCGUGUACAGCCUGGCGGCGCAGCUCAUCAGGAUCUUCUUCGCAGAAUUCGCGGCGGACAGAGUAUCCUCGACGGAGAUUGCUAGGAGCGUCGAGCGGUUGCUGCCGGAGCUCCUGACGAAGUCCGGCGACACCACACCGAGGAUACACAACAUGGCGGUGCACACGAUUCUCAGCAUGGCCGAUUGCAAGUGCGUCCGCGAGCUGCACAUAAUACCGGUUCACCUGACCAGGCCGGUGAACAGUAGCACGCAUCAGAGGCUGGCGCUGAGCAGGCUGGAGAUGGUGGAGCAGCUGAUUCUGAGCCACGGCAUCUCCACCGAGAAGCAAAGCGGGCUGACCUGUCGGACCUUAUCCGAAUUAGGUUCUUCCGGGCUGCACCAUCCGGCCGAGGCGGUGCGGAAGGUGUCCGAGAGGAUUCUCGUGUUGGUGUAUAAAGUCAAUCCCAGGCUGGUGCGAAAGCAAUUGCCGCCUGACGACGACAUUACCCGACGGAAUCUCUUGUACCGUCAGCUCUUCCACGAGUUCGAUCUGAUCGACUUGCAGAGGAAGAAGGAGGCCGAGUCCGCCCAAAAAGCAACGACAACGCCAACGCGAACUAAAUCAACGGAAAACAACGUAACUAGUUUAACGAAAUCGCCGUCGAGAUCGAGCCCGGUGGUGAGCACCGGGAGUUCAACGAGCAUCACCUCUCCGUCCGAGAACAGCGCUGAUCAUAAGGGGGAUAAAAUGUGCAUAUUUUGCCUGUCGAAGGGUCAAGUGUACUCUGAAGAAGGCUUGAACAUACAUUACUGGAGGACUUGUCCUAUGUUGACAAAGUGCGAAGCGUGCAAACAAGUCGUAGAGAUAUCCUAUCUGAAUCUACAUUUGUUGAACGAGUGCGAUAUGAGGAGUAAUUACGUGAAGUGCGAGACGUGCAAGCAGGCGAUGCACGAGAGCGCAUUCGAGAGCCACAGACAGGACAAGAAGUGCACAAAGCCUAUAGAAGGAUACGAACGCUGUCCCCUUUGUUCAGCUUUAGUCAAUCAAAACAAGUGGAGGGAGCAUCUUAUGGGGGAACAUCCGUGUAUAAAUAAUCCACGGAGCAAAAUUGGAAAGAGCUGCUCGAAGUCGCCGUCUAACUCGCAGAAUCUCAGCGGCAAGUUAACGUCGCCGACGAGCAGGGAUUACUAGCAUCAGGCAUCGACCUCGAAGCCAACGGAGGAAUUCGACAAGUCUUAGGGGAAUUUUGAUUUUGAUUUCUUUUAUGGGUAUAUACGUUAGGUAUAUACGUUAUGAGCUUACUCAGCGUUUUUCAUAUUUGUACCUAUAUUUAAAUAGUUUUUAUAGCAGAACCCGUCCUUUAUUCGUAGAAAUCCACGUUGAACGGAUAUAUAUAUAUAUGUAUACAUAUAUAUAUACGAUAUGUAUACAUAUAUAUAUACGAUAUGUAUACAUAUAUAUAUAUAUAUAUAUAUAUAGUCGUAAGUUAGGAAUCCUAACGUUUGAAAAUUUAGAUAUGAUAUGUUACACGAAGCGAGUUCGCGAAAAUCGUACGAGGAGGUGCGCCUUGGCAGGUAGCCGAAGCCACCAAAAUAUUAGAGGUUGUUAACAGGUUCCACUCAUACAUUCUAUCGUUAUCGUAUCCAGGGCAUUUGCGAGGGUUGCAUCAAUUAUUAGGUAGUAUUAUCGGAUGUUACAACAUCAGUCAUCUCAGAAUUAAUACGAUUCCUCUGCAUCCGGCCACAUUUAUAAUAAAAAUUUGUACUAUACGACUA